AUGAGUGAUACCGGUAGUGAAAGUGAAAGUUCUACCUCGCGGGCUGUGGAUGGUCCAAUCGAAACGGUCAUACAAAAUGGGAUCAACGGUCACGCUCAACGCGAAUAUCGUGUGGAGAUAGUGAAAGAUAUGGCCAUUGAGAAUAUGAAGCAGAAAAUGCAUCACAUCGUCAACCGGAUGAGCAAAGAUGUGGAAAAGGAGAUGGACCUGGCGGUGGAAGAUCUAUUUACCGAGAUGAAACAGAUUCAUCGAAAGAACUACGAGUUACCUCAACUAUUCAACGACAAAGUAACUAAUGGAACCAGCCAGCCGAAAAGAGUACGUGCAGACGGAAAGCUACCGGAUAAGUCAUUCAGCCCGCGAAAUUCUUUGCUAACCGAUCUGUUGGAGGCGAAACACAUCAAAACCCUCCAUCACAUAUUCAUCGCGAUGUUGAUAAUUCUGUUCUUAAAUACGAUGGUGCACGAUUUCGUCGACACGGGCAGCAUCAAUUUGGGUCUUCGACCGAUCACUGCCGGGUUCGGAAGGUUCCAUCUCGCAAUGGUGCUGUGGUGUUGUAUGCAAACUUCGACCUUCUUGGUGUAUCCGUGCUUCCAGCUAUGGGCUACAACUCAUAAAAGAUUAACGGCAAAUUCGAUUGCCCGAAAGAGCUGGGACUGGGCUGGAGUAUUUACGUUUUUCAUCUACCAAUGGGUGUUCAUGAUUGCCUCUCUAGCGGGUCUGCUAUGGGCCGAUCUUCAACCAGCAAGUGCUGUGGCAUAUCUGAUGGAAAUGACACGCUUCCUCAUGAAAUCGCACGCCUUCAUUCGAAGCAACGCUCCCAAAGUGUUAACAAACGAUGUGAACAGUGCCUCGUUCCCCCCAGGCAUCCAUCGUGCUCUGCCAUCCUUUUCAACGUACGUCUACUUCCUGUUUGUACCUACCUUAGUCUAUCGGGAUGAAUAUCCUCGCACGAGACAGAUUCGAUGGUUCGUCGUUGCCCGGCACUGUCUCGAGGUGAUCGCCGUCGUGUUCUACAUCAGCUUCAUCCUGGAACGGUACCUUACGCCAAUGUUUGAGAAUUUUGGAAAAGCCGCCAUUAGUCCCGGCACCUUUGUGCUGACAAUUUUCAGCAGCAUGCUACCCGGCACACUGUUUUUACUUGUCUUCUUCUACAGUUCACUACACGCCAGCAUGAAUAUAGCGGCCGAGCUGACGUGCUUUGCCGACCGGAUGUUUUACCGCGACUGGUGGAAUGAAUCCACGUUUGCCGGGUACAUCCGAUCGUGGAACUUGGUGGUGCACGAUUGGCUCUACACGUACGUAUACAAAGAUUUUAUGGAAUAUUUCUUCUGUUACUGUCGCCCGGUGGCAAUGGUGGCCGUUAUUACUGUGUCGGCUGUGUUUCACGAAAUCAUACUUUCGUUUACGUUCCGGUUCUUCUAUCCGGUAAUGUUUGUGCAGUUUGAAUUUCUGGGUUUAAUGCUAAUGCUGGUCACCAAGCGGAUGGGUAGGGAUGUGGGAAAUUUGGUGCUUUGGUUUUCGCUUGCGGUUGGAAAUGGAAUACUAGCAAGUCUGUACUACAUGGAGUACUUUGCCCGACGCAACUGUCCCGAUGUUGGUAAUUCGAUCCUGGACUACGUGGUGCCUGUAUCGUGGUCUUGCAAUGGUAUAACGCGCGUUUCUAACUGGACCAUUACGGCACCUUGGAACCUGCCGUGA